CAUGGCACAAGAAUGGGCAAAUCGCAACUAACGUCCCCACGCUGUCGCCCAGAAAGGGUGAGAGAUGCACAGGGGCGUUCUCAUAAGGUACCUAGCACAAUUCCACAUCUAACCUAAUAUUAAGUCACCUUGAGUAGGUAAGGGAAGUAUUUUUUCUCUCUCUACGUGGUGACAAGCACCAGAGACGCAGGUGCCAUUUCCUUUCCCCGUCAACCGAAAUGAUCCAUGGAUAAAACCUCAACAAGACCCGGCCCUGGACCCUUGACCUUGCCGCCCGCCGUCCUUUUUUUCCCUUAAACCUCCCAUCGCCACCUAAACACCACCCUAGGCGCAUUGUUGAAGGAGUUGCGACUGUCUUUUCUUUCCCUCUCCAGCUUCCUCUUUGCCAACUUUGGCUUUCCUCGUACACAUCUGUAAUUCCGCACUUAUUGAAGCACACAAAGUCGCAAACUUGCGCUCCCCGCCAUCAUGGCCGCUUUCAUCAACUCGACCGUCAUCAACACCGCCUUCAACCACACGCAGCCGUACUUCAGUGUCCUUGAGGAGGUUUCCAAGUACAAUGUCCAGCUUAACUACUUUGAGCGCCUCUGGGCCGCUUGGUAUCUCUGGAUGCAGAACGACACCCUCGCCACUGGCAUCAUGAGCUUCGUCAUGCACGAGACCGUUUACUUCGGCCGCAGUUUGCCCUUCAUCAUUUUCGACCUCAUCCCCUGGUUCCACAAGUACAAGAUUCAACCUCAAAAAAUGCCGACACUCAAGGAGCAAUGGGACUGCGCAAUGGUCGUCCUCAUCAGCCAUUUCACCGUCGAACUCCCCCAGAUUUGGCUCUUCCACCCCCUCGCCACGUGGUGCGGCAUGGAGUACAACGUCCCCUUCCCUCCUCUCUGGAAGAUGGCCAUGCAAAUCUCCAUCUUCUUCGUCAUGGAGGAUACCUGGCACUACUGGUUCCACCGCGCCCUGCACUACGGCCCCCUCUACAAGGCGAUCCACAAGCUUCACCACUACUACUCUGCGCCCUUCGGUCUCGCCGCCGAGUACGCCUCGCCCAUCGAAGUCAUGCUCCUCGGCAUCGGAAUCGUCGGCUCGCCCAUCUUCUGGGUCACCCUCACCGGCGACCUCCACCUCCUGACCAUGUACGCCUGGAUCGUCCUCCGUCUCUUCCAGGCCAUCGACGCCCACAGCGGUUACGACUUCCCCUGGAGCUUGCGCCACUUCCUGCCCUUCUGGGCCGGUGCCGAUCACCACGAUCUUCACCAUGAGAAGUUCAUUGGCAACUACGCCUCCAGCUUCCGCUGGUGGGACUACUGCCUCGACACUGAGGCCGGUCUUGAGGCCCACAAGAAGCGCCGCGAGAAGAAGAUCCAGGCCAUCAAGGCGCAAAAGUCUCAGUAAAGCCGCCUUUCGCCGCGGCUUUGAGGCCUUUUUUUUCGAUAUAUGGUACGCACAUCGUCAAGCACCAUGGCCAUGCGUGUAUGCCCUGGGAGAAGAGAAUGACGGACGCGCUCACGAAUUGUGGUUGAGAGCGCGUUGCUGGACACACCGGCCGCGGGGUGGUGUCUCAUGAUACGAUGUAUAGAACGCGGCAGGAAAGGAAUACCGCAAGGGAAAGCGACACGACACGGGCCCGGACAACCGAGGCCAUACCAUCAAAGUCACGUAAUUAUCAUUGGGGCGGCGUUUGAAAGAGGUAUUGACGGUUGUGCGAAAAAAAGACGAAACCACUUAUGCGAAUUCUGUCGUAUAUAUUGGGAAGGCCGCCCAUACAACUGGCAUUGUAGUAGAUUACUUAAUCAUAGCACA